GGAGGCUAUUCUGAGCGCGGGGAGUUCUGGAGCGGAGCGCGAGAACAAGAGGUCUGCACUCCGUCAGCGUGUCAGGCGCGCGAGUCGCGUCAAAAGGCGCUCGAGAGGCGCGCGGCAGAGCCACGGACGGAGACUAUUUGCACUUGUCUGUUUAUCUCUAUGAACGAGUGGAGCUAGCCACGCUCCGGGGUCGCUCUGCACAACUCUACGGACCAGACCCGUGUCGGUAGCCUGUGUUAUUCUUGCGAGAUACUUGAACUUGUGAACAGCUUUAAUACAUCUUGUUUUGUCGUUUUUGGCUAGUUUUACCGCUUUCUUUUUACUACAUCACGCCCGACAGCGACAUCAAACAAAACAGCUCGCGGUGCGCCCCUGCCGCCAUCGCCCUGGCAACUGCUCCUCGUGCCCGCCGUGUCGUCUCGCGCCGUCAUCUCCCAUCACGGGGACGCGGAGCGGCAGCACCACCGCUGGCUUCACGCUGCUUUUCCUCGGCUCGGAGCGCAGACGCGCGUCGCUGUCGUACCGCUGUCGCGUCGUCUCUGCAUUUGUCGCGAUAGUGUUUUCACGAGACGAGUUGACGCGUCGGAGGAGCGUCUUACCUCAGCGCCGACAUGCCGGUGAGACGGGGUCACGUGGCGCUCCAGAACACCUACCUGGACACCAUCAUCCGGAAGUUCGACGGACAAAAUCGCAAGUUCCUGAUCGGCAACACGCAGAUGAAGAACUGUGGCAUCAUCUACUGCAACGAGGGCUUCUGCGAGAUGUUUGGCUUCAGCCGCGCGGAGAUCAUGCAGCAGCCAUGCACCUGCCAGUUCCUGGUGGGCCCGGGGACCAUGAAGACCGCCAUGGCCCAACUGGCCCAGGCCCUGCUGGGCUCAGAGGAACGCAAGGUGGAGAUCCUCUACUACGAUAAAGAAGGUGGGAACUGGCUACAUUUCGACAGCAGGAAACCCUGUCUCUUCCUUUUGAUUUUUUUUUCAUUUUGGAUUUGUCCUAUACAGUAAUCAAUAGAGACUUUUUAUAUAAAAUCUCCACAGUCUAUUCCCUGUCUCUCUCUCCCUGUCUCUCUGUUUCGCUCUCUGUCUCUCUCUGUCUGUCUGUCUCUCUUACCCUCCCUCCCUCUCUCGCUCUUGUCUCUCUCUCCCUCUCUAAGGUAAGCUUUCCCCCCUAAUCUUCUUCAUCACAAUCUAUGUUUAACAAAGGAGUUCCACACUUAGGUGUCAGACCUAGGUUUAUAAAUCCACUUGAUGACUCAUCUGGGAACAAUAAAGUUUUGGAUAAUUCAGCGCUUGCAGCGAGGCGAAUAGUCUGCUUCCCCAUAUUUAGUCAAUACAUUCAUGGUGUGAGUCACGUGUAGCAUCUUAUCCUAGCAAUUUUUGUUGUAUACAGGGAAUGGGUUAACCUAGCGAUUGUAAGUGCUUGGAAUUUGUUUCGGUGACAUAUUGUUGUUCCUCUUUCUUCUAACAAAUGUACUUAUUUUAAGUCGCUUCCGGUAAAAGCGUCUGAUGAAAGUCUCUGAGUUUAAAGGGCAUUGAUGCGUUGUAGUCAAAAUAAGUGACAUUUACAUUUAGCAGACACUUUUCAAAGGGUCUUACAACGGUUGAGUCACACAAAGACAGCGAGUCAACCAUGCAAGUGACAGCCAGCUUGUCGGGAGCAGUCAGAGUUAGAUGUCUAGCUCAGGGACACCUCGAUACUGAUGCCGGAGAGCUUGCAACCUUCAGAUUACAAGUCAACCAGAGCUCAGCGAACCCCCCUGCGACGUUCGGGAGAGUGGAUAGACAAGCGGAUGGCGAGGUUGUAACCCAGGCCAGGCAGAGACCCUGAAACAGAAGCCAGGCUUCUUAUUAAAUCAUCCUUUCAAAGCCAUCGGAUCGUUGCGGUCAUACUCCCCUACCCCCCUAUGUGUGUCCAGGCCUUCUGGUCACCCGUCGCUGGCUCUCUGACCCGGGUAAAUGUUCAGGGAAACGGAUACGGGUUACAUUCUGCAGGCUUUUUCCCCCGUUGACUCGCUGGGUCCGGCAGGAUAUCGAGCGCUCAGCCCAUCGCUGGCUCACAGAGCCGCUGAGGCAGAAACACACCAGCUCUGAUAUGGAGGACAGCGAUCAUAGCAGGCCUGGUGCCACAUGCACACACACACACACACACAGGCAUAUACACACACAAACACAGAAAUACGUACACACGCAUACAUACAC